AUGGGGAACCGAGCGGACGAUGUCCGUCCUGUGAGGAUCUGCAGUUGCGACACGUCGGUCGACGCGACGACAGACAGAGAUCGCGCUGAUCUACGCAAAUAUCACAGCGUCGAUCCGAGAUGGGCCGACGGCAGUUUCUUCUCCCCGGACGACGCGAUCUGGGAUUUGAAGAAGCGCGCCAGCGAGGGGACCGAGUUUCGAUGGGCUUUGCACACGUCCAACACCGAUCUGGACCUAGCGAAGAAGACCAGAUGCAGCUGCCACAGUCUGACACCGGAGGAGAAGAAGCCGCACGACAUCCAACGUGGCGAUCUCAGGAAGCACCAUAGCGCAGAGACGGACAAAUGGUCGGUCAAGCCGGAUUACUUGAAAACGCCGAUGCACGAUCUGAGGAAGCACAGCAGCGACGACACCAGAAUGGCCAGAGAAGCCAGAUGGCUGCAAGUCCCGGAUGUGUUGCCGAAUCCAAAACCGAGGUGCACCUGUCCGAAGUCGAAGAUCUUGGCACCUUCGCCGCCUUCGGAACCGAAGGAGCCGCCAGAGCCGGAGAAACCGACGAUACAAGAGCCGGAGAGGAAGCUGUACCAUUCUGCGUCGCUGACUGUGGAACGUAAAGAAGAACGGGUCGCGCAGUUAGCACCGGAGAAACCGGAACUGAAGAAGCACGUCAGCGAGGACACAAGGCUAGUGAGGACAGAGAGGAUCAGGGAGAGGCCGAAGCUGGAACGAUCCCAUGCGAGAGUCGACAGUCAAACGUCGAAGAAAUGGGGCGCGAAGGAGAAGGUGACCAGCCCGGACGAAGUGAAGAAACCUCGGCCCAAGUGGGCGAUGAAGCCGCAUUUCUCUCUGCCCGAGAAGAAAGAGUCGAAAUGGAGGAGCCAAGACUCCACGGAGGGGUUCAAGAGCAAGAGCUUGAAGGAACGACCCAAGUACAGCAUUCGAAGGAGCAUGUCACCGGAGCCGGAUCCUCGACAGAUGACCAAGCUGGAGAACAGGGUCGUUCGAAGAUUGAUCUCUCCGGAGAUUACGAUCACGGACGCCAAGUGGGCACCGUACGAGGACGCGUCGCCUCUGCCGACGAUCGGGAUCAAGAAACGGGAGCCAAAGCACAUCAGCGAGAUCAAGUGGACACCUUACGACGGUUCACCGUCGGCUGAUCGUGGCGAUAGCUUCGCGAUUCAAGAGCCGGAGGAGCCGAAAUCCUGGUCGCCCUUUCACAACGUAACGCCCACUCAUCAUCCACCGCCGGAGGCGACGCCGUGCAAAAGCGACGACGAGGAUUUCCGAUGGCGGAUUCUCAACCAAGUAUCCGCGUUUCCGCUCUAUCAAGGCGCCUGGAAGGACGAAUCACCGGAGCGAACUCCACCGAAGAAGAUACAGUCUCCGGUCGACUUGUCACCGCCGAUCUGGUCGCCUCUGGUUCCUACCACUCCCGUGAAGAGACAGCGAUCGCAGCAACAGCAGUAUUCUCCGCAGCCUGUUCAGAGGAAGAGCAUCGUGAAGAGCCGCGGCUUGUCGAAAAAAAAAGCCAUGAGAGCUAGGUCAGAGAGUGUCCAUCCCGAUAGCGAGGGCGACAGACUGGCGCCGCCUACCGUGAUCGUCCGCGCGGCUAGCGAGGAAGCAAAGGGCCGACAGAGGCCGCAGUUGACGAGAUCGAAGGCAUUGUUAGAGGUCCCCGUGACGAUGGGGAUCACCAAGAGAUCGUUAAGCGAGGAGGUGCCCCGCAUGCGUGCUCGUGAACGGGCACGUGCUCCUCACAGAGCUCGCAGCGAAGAGGCGCCGAAAUACGAGGACCCGUGGUUUGCUAACGACAGCUUGGACGCCGAGGCGCCCGAAUUGCGGGAAUACGUGACGACAGUUUAA